AUGAUUUCCAACAACAUUACGUCUGUACCUGCACUCCUUAAGCCUUUCGAAUUCAGCUCCGGAUUGGCUCUUCGAAAUCGAAUUUGUAUGGGCUCGAUGACCCGCAAUCGCAAUACAGACUCCAACAAACCCACCUCUGCGGCCGUUGAGUAUUAUUCCGAUCGAGCACGGAAUGGCGCCGGCUUGAUCAUUGCAGAAGGAACCUUCGUUUCUCCCACCGGCUCCGAGUGGCUUAAUGCUCCAUUGAUGACUACACGCUCUCAUGCUCAGGCCUGGCAGGCGGUCGUUGACGCAGUCCAUCGUGAAAACGGGGCAAUAUUCUUCCAGCCCUGGCACGAAGGUCGCGCACAGAAUGAUCUUGCACCGAUGAUGAAAGAGACAGGUUAUCCGGUCCUGGCCCCCUCAUGUAUUCAAGCUAAAGCAGGGAAAUACCGGUUUCUGGACGGUGUACCAGGCCACACCGCCAACCUCACACCGAUGACAAACGAACAUAUCAAAGAGGUGGUGGAGCAGUACAGGUACUCAUGUGAAUUGGCGAAGGAAGCCGGGUUCGAUGGCGUAGAGAUCAUCGCGCAGGGCGGAUACCUUAUACACAAUUUCCUGUGUACGCGUUCGAAUGUCAGGACGGACACGUACGGCGGCAGCGCAGAGAAUCGAUGUCGCUUCCUGCUGGAGGUUGUCGAUGCGAUAGCAACAGUCUAUCCAGCCUCACACAUCGGCGUGAAGGUUGCGCCCUGCGACAAUGUCGCUGAUAUCGCAUGUUCGUACGCCGAACUGUCAGAAACCUAUACUUGCCUCACCAAAGGAUUAGUGGAGAGGGAAAUAGGGUUCAUCAACUUAUCACGACGAGGGUGUGCGACGGGAGAACCGAAUGACGACUUCUCGGACAGCACAGUCCGGCCUGACGGUAUGGAGCUGCCCGAAGGAUACGAGCCUUUGCAGGAGUUUGGACCGUUGGUCAAAUUUCCGGCAAGUAAGACGAAGCUGAUGGUCAACUAUGGGUAUACGGUGGAAGAAGCAGAGGAGCUGGUGAGGCAAGACAAAAUCGAUAUGAUCACGUUUGGCAGGCCAUUCAUCUGCAACCCGGACCUCGUUGAGCGCAUCAGGAAGAACGUUCCACUCGCAGAAAACGACAGGGGUGGACGAGUGAACUACGGGCCGUUCGGAGAUGUAAACGAGAACUACAACGACUGGCCGGCGGCUGUGUAG